AUGGGAGGGAGCGACCAACCCUACAUGUACACGCCGCAGCGCACCGUCUAUCCCUUCUCCAACUUCAACCCGAAAGCCGUUACGCAGGCCGAGUACAAGAAGGUCGAGGAUGAGCAGAGGAGCAAGCCGAAGCCAGAGGGACCGUUGAUCAACUUCAACGCGCAUCCGGACAGUUAUAUGAUUGUGUCGGGCCAGAAUGUCAAGUACAACCCCAUGCCUGCGCGGACGAAGAAAGAGGUGACGGUGCUGCGAUGGGUGCAAUUUGCCCUCCGAGUGAUCACGGAGAUUGCAGCGCUGGGGAUACUGGUGUGUGUCAUUUGCACCAAGAAGGUCGAUGUAUCCCUCGUUUGGAUCAUGCGUCUCGCGCCCGCGGCCGACAUCAUCACAACCAUGUAUGCAAUCUACCAUCUCCUCCGACCAGCCAAGUCGCGGACUCCAGGAAGCUCAGCCAGCUAUCACAUCUUCGCUCUGGUGAUGGACAUCGGUCUCAUCCCGUUCUACGUCUUCAUUGCGAUGUACGCCAACACCAACUACACCGCCGACCCGGACAGCAAAGAGCGUUGGACCAGCUUCUUUGAUGCGCCUGAAGCUCUCAAUACUUUGUUGCUGGUGACAUUCAUCGGAUCGGCUGUCAUCGGAGGCUUGCAUCUGCUCAGCACGGUGUUUGACCUCUGGUUGAUUGUCCUUUUCCGCAAGAUCUCCAAGCUGCCGCCGGACAUGAAUCCACUCGAAGACAACCUGACCGGCAGAUCAUCGAGGACCAGCAAGCACAAGUACAAGGACAGCGAUGCCACGCUAACUGGUUCCGUGGCCGAAAAGAAGCCGGCGUAUAUGUCUGGAAGCACGAUCUCAGUCGAUCAGUACUCGCGCUUAUCGACCGCGAACAAAGACGCCGAGAACUCACGCGCUGUUCCCUUCCAGCAUAGUCGCAUGGACUCGCAAACCACGUUCUCGCCGCAUAAUCCGAAUACGGCACGCUGGUCUCGCGAGCAGUUCGAAGACGUCAACAUGUACAACCAGCCGGCCUCCGCACGGAACUCUCGAGCAGAAGUCAACAGCCAGCGCCCAAGUCCAAGCAAGCGAAGUUCGUUUGUCGAGAACAUGGAUGUCCCUCCUCCACCGCCGCUCUCGACCGAUCGUUUUUACUCCAGACGUCCGAUCUCCUACCCCGACAAUCGAUCGAACACCAACCUUUCCAGCUCAGCCCGCUACUCGACCCCGGCCCUGCCGAAUGCUGCGCCCACCAGCGCCUUGGUCCAGUCGCAGCAAAAGCAAGGUCUCUUGAACGACAACUGGAUCUCAGUCGACGACGACCUUGACAGCACGCUCAACUCUCCCGACCGCCGGCAAACCAAGAUUCCAGACGUCUACGUUGAGCGCCACGACUCUUUCAACCCAGAGCCCCUGCGCAUGAAUCCACCAACACCACCGCCAAACACGCGUUACGAGUAUCCCGACCCCGACGAUGAUCAGCCCCUGCGAGCGCACAUGAACCGUUCCGCGCUGACUCCCAGAAACGACAACGGCAAUGGCAACCUCGGCGUUCAGAGGACGGACACAACAUCCUCCUCUGUCUACUCCGAGAGAUCGCCCUCUCUGAAAACAAGCAAAGCGGCUGGAGGCACACCCAAAAGCAAGUACUACGGGGAUCUUGCUGCCGCCACCGCGGGUGUGCGCGGUGCAAAGUCCAACGACACGAUGAAGACGACCGGCACCGUAGGCGCAGCAGCCAUGGACUCCAUGGGAAUGAUGGCGCUGGGCGAGUAUGGGUAUAGCGCGCCUUCACCGCCGCCACAGAAGAUGCGAACGCCGAGGAGAGCGAGGGAUGCUGGUGGAAGGGUGGUGAGCAGGACGGGAGUGGAUAUCGUGGACGCGCAGCAGCCGUAUGGGAGCAUGGAUAUGAGGGUUCGGAGGGAUGUUAGUGGGAAGGUUGCGGAGGAGGGAAGGGGGGAUCGGGGGUGGUAUGAGAGGAGAGGGUAUUGA